UCCUCAGCUGUUUUCUUUCUUCUUCCACUCGGAAACUCGGCCGCUCUCGCUCACUCUACUUCCACCUGCACCCACCGACCAGCUGGUUACCACCCAGUUACCAGUGCUAACCAGUCGUCCUCCAGCAGAGGAGACUCUCCCGCAGACUGUCACCCACUGCCCGUCGCAGUGCACGGAGCAGGUUCAGGAGCGAGUUGGUGCGACACGACUCCGCAACUCAAAGGACUCUGCAUUACGGGGAGGGCAGAGGGAGGAACUGGGAUAAAAACACUCUACUGUACAAUCAACAAUGGUCACGCUCCACCUGGACAUGACUGCUGUCUGAACACGAUCCCUCAGCCAGUCGCUCAUCUCCAUGCCACAGUGAGGAGGAACCACUCAUCCUGAGAACAACUUCGCCCCCUUGUGUUCCUCUGCUGUUCUCACCAUGGGGGGAGCCGUGAGCGCCGGCGAGGACAAUGACGACCUCAUUGACAAUCUGAAGGAAGCUCAGUAUAUUCGCACGGAAAAAGUCGAGCAGGCAUUUCGGGCCAUAGACCGCGGUGACUACUAUCUGGACGGCUACCGGGACAGUGCCUACAAAGACUUAGCGUGGAAACAUGGCAACAUACACCUGUCGGCUCCGUGUAUAUACUCUGAGGUGAUGGAGGCCCUCAAACUGCAGCCAGGACUUUCUUGCCUCAAUCUGGGCAGCGGAACCGGCUACUUAAGCACAAUGGUUGGUCUUAUCAUAGGGCCAUUUGGUGUGAACCAUGGAGUUGAGCUUCACAAGGACGUGGUUGAAUACGCCAGAGAGAAACUUGAGGAUUUCAUAAAGAGUAGUGACAGCUUUGAUAAGUUUGAGUUCUGCGAACCCGUCUUUGUGGUGGGGAAUUGCCUCGAAAUCUCCACGGACAGUCAUCAAUACGACCGGAUUUACUGUGGCGCCGGGGUUCAGAAGGACCAUGAAAAUUACAUGAAAGUGCUGCUCAAAAUUGGAGGAAUUCUGGUGAUGCCUAUAGAGGACCAGCUGACCCAGAUAACCAGGACUGGUCAGUGCACAUGGGAGAGCAAAAACAUCUUGGCAGUGUCCUUUGCCCCCUUGGCCCAGCAGAGUAGAGCUGACGGAGAGAAGCCUGACGCUGUUCAGCUGCCCCCGGUGACCGUCCGCAGCCUGCAGGAUCUCUCUCGGAUCUACAUCCGCCGCACCCUCCGAAACCUGGCCAACGAGGAGAGUCAGGAGAAGGGCCUGGUGCAGAGAAUCCCCCAGAAGCGCAAGAGGAGGCGCUGCCGGCGGCGACGCAUCAACACGUAUGUCUUUGUGGGCAACCAGCUGAUCCCCCAAAUGGUGGAGAGCGAGGAUGAGGAGCACGCCGUGGACGAACACAAGGAGGUGGAGGAGGAGGAGGAGGAGCGAGACAUUGGCGAGAUUGAAAUCCUGAAGCAAGUGAACAUGUUGAGAGACCAAAUAAUGGCGUUGCCGCUGCCUGAGUCACUGAAGGCGUACUUGCUGUUUUACAGAGAGAAAUGACUGAUUCCCGCGGUAUCUGUUGGUAACGGGUGCAGCUCCUGAUGAAUCGCUGUUCUUCACCCGUCUCAGUGCAACUGUAGCAUUAUUUCCAUUAAAUCUUGAUGACAAAACUGUAAAUGAAAGAGACGUCAUAGAUAAUAUUGGAUAAUAAUGUUAUGAUUGUCAUGACUUGUUAGUUUUUGUUGACAUUUUUCUGUUGAUUUGUAUAUCAAAAAAGAAAAAAAAAGAUGUAAGAAGUACAGUUAAUGGACAUAGUUUCCGAAAAAAACCAUUUUGAGAGUCAGAUUCUAUCAUAUUGUCAGGAUUUAUGCAGAAGUGUGCAGAUAAAAAAAAAUGUAUAAAAAAAAGUUCUUACUAUAUUUGUUUAAAUAUGAUCAUGAUAAAGAAUAAGACUUUUAUUGCACCUUUUUUAGAAGCUUUACCUUACUCUGUGUCCGGCAGUGAAACGACGCUGAGAAGGAACAAAAGACGCUGAAAGUCAAACAAGGCCACAUCCUCCCGUUCUGAGUUUGAAGAGUCAGACGCUCUCAUGUCAUAAUGGCCGGGGCACUUAUGUCAUUACGCCUCUGGAUGAUUUGUUUUAGGUCACCGUGGUUUUCUACCUUCCUUUUACAGUUGUCAAGAGACCAGAUUGGUUCCUAGUUUUUUCUACACGGCACCUUUUAAUGGAACGUUUUCCACAAGGUGCUCACACACCAUGUACCCGUUUCCUCACUUUGCAUACGAGUAACAUUUGAUAUGAGGUGUUGUGAGCCCCUCGCCUCUCUGUGGUUUUCUUUCUAUUAUUAAUGCAAAUAAUAUAUAAGUCUCAUUAAUCACAUCAGAGGUUUGAAAUAGUGAAAAAAAAAAUGAUGACGGGUGUUUAAUACUUCAUUGUGUUUAACUUUUGUAAAGAGCUGGUGACGGGCAGAUGUCGGUAAUGAUCACAUGCAUGAAUAUAGUGUCUGUGUCUUGGGUGUUCCUGACUUUGCUUCACAUUUAUCGAUCGCUCACCGGAGAUGAUUAAUCGAUUAGAUGGCCUUGAGACAAACUCCUUUUUUUAAAUUGACACCAAUGCAAAAUCUGAAUCAUGGAGGAUUUUGAAGCCUUUUUAUAUCCUGGACCUGAGACGCACGUGUCCAGCAAAGCACCUUUAAAUCUGCAGUCCUCCAGUGAAAUAAAAAAAAGGUGCAGUCGGUUAUUUUUGGCUUCAUUUGUAACGUGGACUAAAAUAAACCGUCACGUAAAUCCUGUUUAAUAAAAGUACAAGGUUCUUGCCGAGCGUCGCUGAUAGUGAUGGCUUUUAAGUGCCACCGCACCCAUCACAUUAGGGAUUUCUGUAAGUUCCCUGGCACAGUGCAUUGGAUGAUGCUAUAUUUUAUACUAAAACAUUCCGCGGUGAAAAAGAAAAACAGCACAUCACAGAUAGAUGUCCCACUUUCUCUUCAUGCUUUACCAACGCAGACUUGGAAAAUCUUCAUCUUACUUUGAAUGCUUCAUUUUAGUACUUUCCAGAGCUGAGUUGAAUGUUGUUGAUAUUACUUCUCUUCAAUAUAAAGGUGAUACAUGUAUUGUUAUCUUAUGUUCCUGCCGACAGUUUGAUUGGCAUUUUAUUUUGUAGCACCCUCUUGCUGUACUGUAUCUUGACACUGGGAACUCUGUAAAUCAAAACCUCCACUGCUGUUUUAAUAGGUGACAUAUAUUUGUGAUAUAGUUCUUCAUCUUUGGUUUGGGUGUAAUGAAAAAAAGUAUUUUGUUUUAAACUGGGCUGAUAAUUAUUUUAGUUUUUGUGUGUGAAGAGGUAACGUUUAUUUUCUGUAAAGUUUUAAAUUAGGUGGUUAUUUUUUUAGCAUUUUCUUCAUUGGAAAGCUUUUGCGAUUAAGCAAUAAUGGAAUAACUUAUCAGCUUUUAAUUACAAAUAACAACAUAGUCCCAUUUGAUUAGCACAAUAUCAAUAAAUCACAAUAAUUAGAUGCACGCAACCGAUAAUAUAACAUUAUCUGAAAUUUUAAUUGCUAAUUAGGGAGCACAUUAAGCAUUGGAAGCAGGGGACCUCCAACCUCCACUCUCAGGUCACGCCUGGCACCAAAGUUAAUAGGACUGUUUUGAUUCCAUUUGAUGUGAACAAGGCUCGAGUAACACACGACGGAAACGGCACCCAGACGCGUCACAACCAAUACUUAUAUCACGUUAAUUUGUUAAGAGCCAAAACGGAUCUGUUUCUAUUUUUUUUUUAUCAGGCUGAUUUUUGACAUAGUGUGUGCAGUUCAUUUUGAAAAUGUGUUGUUUCUUCGUAAAUGUUUGGCACAAAAAAUAAAGGUCACAGUCGCAUCAUGCCUCUUCCAA